AUGCCGAUAGGAGAGGGACUCCAACGCCUGGAGUCGCGCGGAGUGCUGCAAGAGGUCACCAGCAAGGGUGCAGAUGGCAAGCGUGAUCGACUCAGUGUGUCCCUCACCCCACAUUUCCCACAGCAGACUAGGCGCAGCUCUCUUACUGGCCGAAUUACAGACAGCUCUAGUCAUCCCGAGGAGCAGGCCACGCAUUCCGAACCAUCUACUACCCUUCCUGGCAAAAAUGCGUCCGCAGCGCGCAUGAUGGAGAAGAUAGGGCACGUGAAGAGCAAGGGACUUGGCCUGAACCAACACGGCAUCACCCAGCCAUUGGUCCACAAAAAGCUGGGCAAAAUAGCAGUAAUCAAGGGCGGCGCACGUGCAAAUGAAGCGGAAGUAGGACCCAAUAGGAAGCGGAGCGAGGUGGUCGUGGUUUUCGGACUGCUAAACAGCGUGUAUAGCGGAGACGACGAGGCAAGGAACGACAGAAGACUCCGUCAGGAGAUCGGGGACUAUCGCGCGAACAAGAAGGUCCACCUGUACUACAAGGGUAAUCACACAAAGGCGCCCGUGUACCUAAAGUUUGCUAACAAAGUCUACGGCGCCGCGCACAUACAGCGGUGA